CCCACCUCCAUUCAUUUCCUCUCUGUAGCUCUCUGUUUCUCUCUGUUUCUCGCUACCUCCAUGGAUACCCAGCGCACCCCUGUUCUAACUUCCCCUUAUUUCUUGCAAUCAAAGAACAUUGAUGAGCUCCGGCAUUCGCUUCUCUGCACAACUAUGGAGCUGGAACAGACCAGAAUCGCAGCUCAGGAGGAGCUGAAGAACAGAGAUGAUCAAGUUUUAUACCUCAAGAAUCUGUUGAAUCAAGCCAUUAGAGACAGAGAUGAAGCCAUUGAUAAAUCCAAUAAGCUUCUUCUCCAAAAUCUCUUCUUCCAUCCUCCUCCGACGACAAUUGACGACGACCCCACAACCAGAGGAUCCGAUUCCGACGAGAGUAUUGUUUCCGUUUCAUCUCCCGUUCCUCCGCCGUUGGAAAUCACCGAUUGGCUCCCGGAAAAGCCAUUGCCGGAAAAGGGUAAGCUCUUACAAGCCGUCAUGAAGGCUGGUCCUCUUCUCCAGACGCUCCUCCUCGCCGGACCACUUCCUCAGUGGAGACAUCCGCCGCCGCCCCUUGAAUCUCUCCACUUACCGCCGAUUCCAAUCCCACUCCCUACACCGCCGCCGCCGCCGCCGUCGCUUGCCACUAAUUGUGGGAGUAUCAACAAAAAGAGAGCUAUUUCUCUGUGCGUGGAAUCGGAUUCCCCAUCAGCAACCAAAUUCCAGAGGCUCGUUUUCCACUGACUUUCAAAAACCCAAUUAAAUUAAUCCCCACUAAUACAUAAUUUCAUAUAAAUAGCACCAAGAACUUGAAAUUACAAACAAAAAAAAA